ACCUGGGGACACAGUUAUGACAGCUGAUAGGAGUUACGUGACAGAGAGGUAGAGAGACUAGGAAGGAAGAUAGACAGACAGAAAUCGACCUACGGCGAGAGAACAGGCUGGACAGAAAGAGACACAGAGAAACAGACAGAAGGAGGUAUACAGAUACAAAGGGWGGAAGAGAGAGACCGAGAAGAAAAGAGCGAUAGAACAAGACAGCGAYAGAGUGAGAGAGAGAGAAAGAGAGAGAGAGAGAGCGAGAGACACAGAGAGAAGCAAGUCUGUAUUCUAGACUACAGACAACCAGUGAGGGGACCAGGAGGUGUAACAAGGAGACAGUUGUACCCCGUCUACAGAGCUCUGAUUAGCAGGCUGGGUCACCCUCUACGGAGGAGACUGGAAGUCAGUGGAGGGGAACCAGAUAGGRCGGUGGUGCAGGAUAUGUCAGUGCACCAUGGAGGCCCACAGAGACAGACUCCAGAGUGUGUGUCCCCCCAAGGUGUUGUCUCACUCCAUCGAGCGGAUCCUGAGGAGAACACCGUGUCUGGAUGGGGAGGAGAGGGGGGGCGGAGGAGAGGAGGAGAGAGGGAGCAUGGCGGGAGAGACGGGUUGUUGUGUGUGAAGACCACCGCUGAGCAAGAGCCUAAAGUCAACAGAUGCCCAGUGUCACGGAGCAGCAGUCGGCGGGUACGAACCACAUUCACCUCGGUCCAGCUAGAGGUGCUAGAGAGGUCCUUCCAGGAUAGCCAAUACCCUGACAUACAUUCCAGAGAACUACUGGCCUCCCAAACACAGCUGUCAGAGGCACGAGUACAGAUAUGGUUCCAGAACCGCCGGGCCAAGUGAGGAAGACUGGAGCUCUGGGAGAGAGCAGAGGAUUGGACAAACUCUUAGAACAUCAACCAACAGCCUGAGAGGAUAGUGCCGCUUCCUCCCCUGAUUGGAUCAGUCCAAACCAGGCACACCCACUACAGCACAAGCUCUUCAUCUCCAGGCCACCCUACCAUCCCAUUGGUGUUUACCAGAACUUCCUGCCCAAGCUCCACCCAGCCCUGGUACCCUACUCUGAGCCCUACCUGCUUCCCCUCCCAGCCCAGUCCUAGUUGACCCCAAUGAACACACACCAUACCUGGACACCACUCAGCUGACAGACACACACACCGGAUGUCUUGUAUGUCAAAUAUGUCUGUCCCUGUACAUAUGUGUUUUCUGUACGUAAACAAUUCUACUCAUUCAGAAAUUGGCUAUUUUCAUUCAUUUCAUACAAAGUAUCAUAAAUAAAGGUCUUCAGUCUGAGCAUGAUUAGCUGAAUCAGGUGUGUUAUUGUAGGGCUGGAAUGAAACACCUAGUAGCUCUCCAGGACAGAGUGGAGAGUUGGAGACACAUGUCCCAGACUGAUCCUGGGUUCUCUGGGAUUCUGAGAAACACUCUGACUCAGUCAUCAUCAUCAGUAUUACGUCA